AUGGACAGCCAUGCAAGCGGCCAGUCAUGGAUGAUGCAAAUCCUGACCUCUGUGGUCCCGUACCAUGCAGAUGCCAAGGGGCAUCAGUUUUUCGAGCACAUGGACGGCAAGACCUAUGCUACACCGAUGCUGGCUGCUCUGGUGGUGGUCGAACUUAGCGAUUUGAUUUUUGCAGUGGAUUCUAUCCCCUGCAUCCUGGGCAUCACCCAUGACCUCUUCCUGGUUUUCAGCUCCAACAUGUUUGCAGUUCUGGGGCUCCGCUCUCUCUACCUGCUCCUAGCCGAGGCCCUGGACAAAGUCCAGAACCUGAAGACCGGGCUUGCUGCCGUGCUGGCGUUUGUGGGAACGAAGAUGAUGCUGGGAGACUACUGGCCUUUAUCCCAGUCAGUGUCCCUGCUCAUGAUUUUCGGGAUUUUGGGCGCGACCGUUGCGUCCGGCAUGAUGGGAAUUAAGUUCGGGAAGAAGGCCGAGGCGAUCUUGCCAAUGUGA